AUGCGGCCUGGUAUCGGAUGGUCGGACGCGCGCGAGAAGCUGCUCAAGCAGCGCGCGGUCAAGCAGGUCGAGCUGCAGCAGGGCAACCUGGUGCUGGACAUGCAGGCACCUUCGUUCAUUGUCCCCAAGGGCAUGGAACACAUCGAUGAGAUGACCAAGCUGCGCUACACCGCCGCGACAUGCGACCCGGACGAUUUCAUGCGCAACAAGUAUUCCUUGCGCCCGUACCUGCUCAACCGCCAUACCGAGCUAUUUAUUGUUAUGACUAUGUACAAUGAGGACGAAGUGUUGUUCGUCCGCACUAUGAACGCCGUCAUCAAGAAUAUCGCACAUCUAUGCUCCCGUAGCCGAUCAAAGAUGUGGGGCCCGAACGGCUGGCAGAAGGUAGUGGUCUGUGUGGUAUCUGACGGUCGUAACAAAGUCAACAAGCGCACCCUGCAAGUCUUGACUCUGAUGGGUUGCUACCAAGAGGGUGUCGCCAAGGACACGAUUGGAGGUAAAGAUGUGACUGCGCACAUUUUCGAGUUCACUUCAAACGUCGUCGUUUCGGAUAAGGGGGAGAUUUCCAAGAGCGCUUGCCCUGUUCAGAUCAUCUUCUGCUUGAAGGAGCAGAACAAGAAGAAGCUCAACAGUCACCGGUGGUUCUUCAACGCAUUUGGCCCGCUUGUUCGUCCCCAUGUCUGCGUCCUUCUUGAUGUCGGAACCAAACCCACAGGCACCUCCAUCUACGACCUGUGGAAAUGUUUCGACAGACAUUCGAACGUCGGCGGGGCGUGUGGCGAGAUCUGCGUCGACACUGGCAAAGCAUGCUGGCAGAUCUUUAAGAGUCCUCUAGCGGCUUCGCAGAACUUCGAGUAUAAGAUGUCAAAUAUCCUCGACAAGCCCCUAGAGAGCAUCUUUGGAUACAUCAGUGUGUUGCCUGGAGCCUUCAGCGCGUACAGGUACAAAGCGUUGCAGAACGGUCCUGAUGGAAAGGGUCCUCUUGCUUCGUACUUCAAGGGCGAGACAAUGCAUGGAGGUAGCAGCGGUGCAGGGCUGUUCGAGAGGAACAUGUACCUUGCCGAGGAUCGUAUCUUGUGCUUCGAAAUCGUCACGAAGAAGCGAGAAGGCUGGGUUCUCAAAUACGUCAAGAGUGCCAAAGCGUCGACUGAUGUCCCUACUACUGUCCCUGAGUUCAUCUCGCAGCGCCGGCGCUGGUUGAAUGGCUCUCUCUUCGCGACCAUCCACUCUACUGUAUUCUUUUGGAGGAUCUGGACGUCUGGACAGAAUCCUUUCCGGAUGCUGCUGCUGCAGUUUGAGUUCAUCUACAACGCUGUGCAGCUCAUGUUCACCUGGACAUCUUUGGCAAACUUCUAUUUGGCCUUCUUCUUCCUGGUUUCUUCCGCGACAACCGGCUCCCAAGAUGCAUUUAACUUCCUCAGCAAGGGAGCUGGCAAGGAUGUGUUCGAGGUGUUCCUGAAGCUGUAUAUUGCACUCCUCUUUGUGGUCACCGUGUGUUCUCUAGGAAACCGUCCGCAGGGUUCCAAAUGGAUCUACUGCAUUUGCAUAGUACUCUUCGGUUUCUGUAAUUGUAUCACAUUGUGGUGCGCCGGCUACACCGUCUACCUUGCCGUUCCCCACACCGUUGCAGGCUGGGAGGACUUCCCCGAGCUUGUCAAGACCAACUCCACCUUCCGUGACAUUGUCAUAUCUCUGGCAGCUACUUAUGGUCUCUACUUCUUCGCCUCGUUCAUUCACCUCGAGCCCUGGCACAUGUUCACCUCGUUCCUCCAGUACAUGUUCCUGCUUCCUAGCUACGUCAACAUCCUGAUGAUGUACGCCAUGUGCAACUUGCAUGACGUUACAUGGGGAACAAAGGGUGAUAACGGAUCCGCAAAGGACCUUGGUGGCGCGAAGAAAGUGCAAGGGAAAGAUGGCAAGGAAGUUCUAGAAGUCGAAGUGCCUACCGCACGCGAAGACGUCGACCAGCUCUGGAAUGCCUCUCGCUAUGCCCUUUCAGUCAAACCUGCUGAAGAAAAAGAACAUCGUGACGCAGCCACGAAGCAGGCAGACCACGAUCGCAACAGCAGGACCAACGUGGUCCUCGCUUGGGUUGGGACCAACAUGGUCAUGAUCUUGGUUUUCACCUCCAGUUUGUUCACCACCUGGAUCGAGGAGCAUGUCGCAACUUCAAGCGGCGGCACAUUCAAUCCAUACCUCAGCUUCUUAUUUAUUUGCCUUGCUGGCCUAUCUGCUAUUCGCUUCGUCUGCUCGACUCUGUACCUCAUCUUCCGGCUAUUCGGCUUUUGA